AUGGACACUGUGAAGCUCAGGAAACGGAUUAGCGCUCUGGAUCGGUCGAUUUCCAUCCUUCAAGACCAGCUGCGUGUGCUCGAAGCAGAGAAAGCGGACCUCGCGACCCGGCUCUGUCGAUCCACGUACCUCGUCGAAACCCUACCUCCGGAGAUCACAGCCCAGAUCUUUAUGCACUACAUCGCUGCGCUGGAAGGACCCACCCUGUCACCGGCCUUGCUCGGGGUGUGCCGUACAUGGCGACAGGUCGCAUUGGGCACCCCGGGGCUGUGGAACGACAUCUUCGUGUCCAGUGAUCACCCGCAGCCAGACGCACUGCUGGAGCGCUGGGUGGAGCGCACUGGGCCCCGCAUCCCCUUAGACCUCGAGCUCAACACGACGUCGCGGACGAUGGAGCCACUGCUGGCCGUGCCUGGCCCCGAGCGAUGGAUCCGGAUCAUGGGAAAGCCUGGAGGAGCUGGAGGUGCUCGCGGGCCCGCAGCACGCGGCGGUACUGAGCCCUGUGACGGGCCUGUUCCGCGCGCCGCGGCUGCGCCAGGUGCGCGUGGAGGUAUUCCCCGCAACGCAGCUCGUGCUGCCGUGGACACAGAUCACGUCCCUGACGCUCCUCGAGCAGUCGCUGGCGCAGUGCCUCAUGAUCAUCUCGCAGACGCGCCAGCUGGAAGCGCUGCACGUGUCGCUGACAAAUCGACACACCCGCCACCGCCCGAUCUCGCUGGUGCUGCCUGCGCUGCGGCGGCUCACGAUCGACUCACGGACCUCGACGUCGGAGGCCAUGUCGACGGCGUGAUCCCGCUCGUGAUGCGUUCAGAGUGUACAAUCACCCACCUCCGCCUGUCUGAAAUGGAUCUGGACAGUCAAGCCGUUUACGGGUGCCUCAGAGCGCUGCGGGCGGUCACGCACCUCGUGGUGUCGUCGCCGGAGCCGGAAUUUUUCCCGGACUUCCUGCGCAUCUUCGCUGCCGCUUCCUACCACACGGAAGACCCACCAGUGAUACUGCUGCCCCUGCUGCAGUCAUUUGUCGUCGAGGAAUGCGACUCUGUGCUUGAAUUGGAAAGCAUCCUGCCCUUACUCGAGGCGCGCUGCAAACAGCGGCAGGGCUAUGCGUUGCCCACGGCCUUGCUGCGAACCUUUUGUGCGACCUUCUCGAAAGAUUGCGUGGACGAGGACGAGCAAUUCAAGGACGCAAUACUCGCCAUCAAAAAUCUGGUGCGCGAGGGCCUCUCGCUCCAAAUCGAUAUGCCUUGGCACUGGCAAUCUCACGAGUUGAACUGGCAUAUGAUUCAGGAAUUGAAACGGCCGGACUAAUACAGUACUCGACACCCCCUAUGGGUAAUACUUAUCACGAUCAAGUGUUCAUUCAGGUCACAGGUCACCAUGGCCUCUUGGCUGACUUUUGGAUGAGCUCAAAAUUCGAGAUAAAGAAAAAGAAAAAUCUUUGGUUCCUAAAUUUCGAAACUAUUUUGAACACUUGGACAUCGUGGCAUCACACAUAACAUAUUCUAUGUAUUGUGACCAAAGAUGAUGCUGACCCGAUAUGUCACAUAUCAGCGCAAACCCGUCCUGAUACCACAGAUACUAUUGAUGACCCAGAUCUGCAAACGCACCCUGAUCUGCAAUCCGUGAUAAACACACAUUUCCUGGGCUUCCACAUCCCUCAUUCUGUCCCGGAUGGUCUCCC